UUAUGCAUUUAAUUCUCCAUACACAAGUGAGUAGUAUCACACUAUCACUAAUGCUCUGAUCAAAGUCCGCCAUUGUUCAGCUCAGCUCUGCUCCUUGAAGAUGAUGCAGCCAUGGUUUCUUCCUCUCCUCACUCUCUGUUUCAUCUCUUUCAUUUCAGCAGGUUCCUCUCAAAUCCCGGUUCAAUACUUCACUCUCCAUGAUCCAUCUUCUCCAACAAAAUCUCUAAUGGCGGUUUCCAUAGAAACUGAAGAUCUACACGAAAUUUCAACAAGUUUACUCGCAGCCGAAACAUGGCUCCGUGACCAUGUUUUCCCCCAUUACCCAUCUUCCAAAAUCGCCUCCAUUGUCGUAGGAUACUCUGUUUUCUGCAACAGAAAUCACGAAAACCAAAUGGGUUUGGUUCUUCCUUCCAUGAAGAACAUCUUUCAUUCUCUAACUAGAUGGGGUCUUGAAAAAGAAAUUAAAGUCUCUGCCGCCUUCUCUUCAAACUGCCUUUACUCAUUCUCUUUCAGAAAUAGAGAUGAUUUCGUUCUUAAAUAUGUUAAACCUAUCUUGAACUUGUUACAUGAAUCAAACUCAACUUAUGUGGUGAAUGCGUUUCAUUCUUUCUCAUCUGAACAAGCUCUGAAAAUGGCGUCCACCCAUUCCGAUUCAGUCAAAACCCUUGGAGAUUUCGGGAACAUCAAUGUCCUAAUUGCUAAAAACAUAAAGGGUUACGAACCCAAUAAAAGAAUGUUAUCAUCAAUUGAUUCCGUUUCAGUUGUGCAUCCUUUUCCUUCUAAACGGCCAAGAGAAAACCCGGCCCCGGCUUCGUCGGCGUUUCCCCCCUCCGAUUACCCAUUUCCGGCGUACGAACCCCAACCCAAUCUACCACCAUUGAUCGGAACAAUAUCUCCUGUUUUCUCUCCGGCGAAUCCACCACAAUGGGGGUUUAACAAUCUGCCGCCUUGUAACCCUUGGAACGGAGGAGGGGUGGCGCCGGCUCCGGCGGCGGCGGGAGGGUUGUGGUGUGUGGCGAAGGCGUCUGUGCCGGUGGAAACGCUGCAAGAAGCUAUGGAUUAUGCUUGUGGAGAAGGAGGAGGUGAUUGUGAAGAGAUUCAGGCGAAAGGGAGAUGUUUUGAACCGGAUAAUGUUUUGGCUCAUGCUUCAUAUGCAUUUAACAGUUAUUGGCAGAAACAUAAGAGGAUUGGUGGCACUUGUAAUUUCGGAGGGACUGCAAUUCUUGUCAAUUCUGACCCAAGUUUUCGUGGAUGUAGAUUCGCUAUGAGUUAGAGCUGGCGGAGAAGAAGAGACAAGAAAAAGAAGAAGCAACGUAUCCAUUAAGAAUGGGCUUUAUUUUGUCUGUUUUCUGUGUAAUUUUGAAUUUUAGUGUUUUUUUUUGUUAUUCUAUCUCAUCAUUAACUUAACUUAGGUCUUGUAUCAAUUAGUAUCUUAACUAUGGAUCUACAUGGUUAGUCUGAUUCGGCUUAUAAGUUUAUAUAAGUCGAAAUUGUAUAAUAAGAUAUUGCAGUA